UAAACACAAACUUUUAUUCUAGAUGUGAUUAAUCGCGAUUAAUCGUUUGACAGCCCUAAUAUAAACUACACAAGGCCGUAUUAAUUAUUUAUCAGGGUUUAAAUGUGUCCUUGUACAGCAGGAGGUCAUGUGAAGGUCGGCUAACAACUGUUUGGAUGUUGGCAUGGCGUGACCAUAAGAAGGCUACUGGUGAUCCAUUCAGGGUGAGUUGUUUUGCACACUGGCAAGUGACUGAAAAUGCUGAUAGGACUCCCAUGAUCCUCUGCGGCCAGCUUGUUCUGAAAACCCUCAGCUACCCCACCAGAAAAAUCCAGGACAGGGAGGGGCGUUGUCAAAAUGCUUUGUCCCAGUGACAGGGGCGUGGAUAGGACAAAGAAUGGCUCCUGUACUGGGCAUAGUAUAAAUGCAUAAUCUCCAAAGCGCAACACACAGUUACUGUAAGAUCAUGGCGGUAAGGAGAUUUUUUCUGCUACUGUUAAUACAGCUGGGCCUGGCGUUGGACAGGACCUCCAUCCACGCAUUCAACCCCAGUCGCCUUCAACAGCACAAAGUCCUUCAUCUUGACUGGCCGAAAGACUGUGGCCUGGCUCAUUUCAAGCCAAGCACAGUCGAGCGUAUCGUGUCCGGCAAUGAGGCCAGACCUCACUCCUGGCCAUGGCAAGUUUCACUGCAGGUUCGUCCCAGGGGAAGUAAACAUUACGUACAUGUGUGUGGAGGGACCCUGAUCCACAAGAACUGGGUUCUUACUGCAGCACACUGCUUUCAAAAGGGAAAAGCAGAGGACGCUAACAGCUGGCGUAUCGUUUUGGGUAAGCACCAGUUGAAGAGAUCAGAGUCGGCUGAGCGAAUUUUCCCUGUGAAGAGGAUCUACAGACACGAGCACUUCCGUUAUCCGGCUCACAGUGAGCUGGAUUAUGACAUCGCAUUGGUCAAAGCUGCCACGGAUAUCCAGACCACUGACUUCAUCCGCUACGCCUGCCUGCCGCGCAAGCAGACCAACCUCAAACCAGGACACUACUGUUGGGUAACUGGCUGGGGAGACACACGAGGUGGAAAAGAAAAUGUGUCACUAGCUGAGACACUGAAUCAAGCUCGACUCCCCAUCAUGGACUACAAGACCUGCAAACAGAAGAAAUUCUGGGGUGACCGUGUGAGACACUCCAUGAUCUGUGCUGGCUUCCGGGAUACAGAAGGCACUCCAGCCGCCUGCCAGGGUGAUUCUGGUGGUCCACUGCUGUGUCAGGUGGGAAGAGACCACUGGGAAGUCCACGGCAUUGUAAGCUUCGGCCCCAUCGGCUGCACGGUGGAGAACAAGCCCAGUGUCUUCACGCGCACCGCGGCAUACAUCCCAUGGAUAGAGGCCACACGCAUCAGGGACUUCUUCAUGCACUGAUUUGUCACCUCCCAGAAUUCCCUGCCCACAACUGCAGGAGAAUACGUGAUAACAGCUUUAGUGCCAUGUCCCGGUCUGGAUCCGGUCAUCCUGUUGUGGAUGUGCCCUGGCGGCCACCAAAGUUAGGGUAGUUUGCACUGCUUUGCAAGUCGUGCAUGUGAGAUUCUUCUGGGCAUUGCUGUAGUAUAUCAACUGCUUUUAGCUAAAUCACACAAUCACAUUGUGUUCAGCAAAGCACAAAUUCUGGCUAUUGUGAGUCACACUCCUCAGCUAUUUUUUCUGUAAGGACUGGCAUGUACAUUGUUUAGUCCAUAAGGUGCUUUGAUGGUCAGCGUAAGGUAUUGAUAGGAAAUAGCUCAUAUGUUACACCUGCUAUUCUUUUCACUGAACAGAAAAAUGUAUACAAAUAAUUUCUAAUGAAUCCCCCAUUUAAAUCCUAAAAAAACAGUCAAACAUAUCUUGGGAAAAUAAAAAAAAUACAGUAGUUACUGUAUUUAAUGAAUGCAUGAUGUAUCAAAGUCAAUCUAUGAAACAGAGAAUAUUUGGGUUAGUUAGCCUAUACAAGACUAAUUGGAUAUUGAAUUGCCUAUAGUUGUUCUGGUUGAGAAACAAACUAUAUUUUAUUUCUUAAAAUGCUUUCAUUCUGCAUGUGUACACCAUAAAAUAUAGAAAGGCAACAAAAGGAAACAUUCAUUUUGUAAUAACAGGUCAUUAUUAGUCUUUCACACUUCAACUGCUUCCAAAUAAACCCAUAAAACAAGACCCCUGUCAAUUCAUUUUUUUCACAUAUACACUGAAAAAAGUGAAACUUUGGACCAACUUAAAAAAAUUACGUCAACUUCUUUUCUCAAAUUAUAUUUAUGGCUUGGUUCAAAUCAAAAUUUAUACAAUUGAGCAAACGACCAAUAUUGUUAUCAGUGUUUGCUUUAGUUGGGCUUUUGAUCCCUGACUUUAAAUGUUAAAUGAAAUCUCCUUAAGUGUUUACAAUAGUGUUUCAAUAAGAACACUCGUGCAUUAAUAAGAAAAGAUGCUUAAAAAGUUAAGCUUUGAUAAAGAUGAGAAGUGACACUAAAUAAUGUGGAAGUUGAUCUUUUACGACUGAUUCGAAUGUCCUGGUUCACAAAUGCAAAGAUACUGUGAUAAAAUAAACAGACAAUUGUCUGACUUAGACAUCAACAGUCAUACAAACCUCAACAAUGGUGACAAUCAUCAAACUAAUUCAGAUAAACAGAUCAACUGCAAUGCAUGCUGGGAGUCAUGAAUGAGUUUUGUACAAUGAUGUUACCCAGCAUGCAUUGCAGCAUGAAGCUUUCUUUUGUUGAUUGUCGAGAUUCAUACACUGAUUCUUGAUGUCUAAUUGAGUCAACAAUUUAACCAUUUUUUGAGUGUUUUAGUAGCACUUUAGUUUAGUUUUAACCAUGCACACAAUGAUUACAGUCACCAAUCACUUGAUCCCAAUGGAUCUUAGUUUUCAUUGCCUCAACAAAUGUAUUUUAACACUCUGUCGCAUCAGACAAUGACAACUUAUUGGCAGUAUGUUGUAUUUUGGCAGUAUUGUUGUGGUUGAGAGUAUCAGUAGAACAUCAGGACUGAAGCACUGGACCAGCUGACAGAGAGGAUUCAUUUCUUUGCUCAUCUCUUGGUGUUUCAGGGCUUUAUAAUGAUACGAGUGAGGCUCACUUUUUGAAAUUAGCCAAUUCUCUCUCUCACUCAUACACACAAAGACGUAUGUUUCAUCUUAGGAUAAUAGUUAAUAUACGUUAAA